AUGGCCGCAAAUCUACGAAAAUACAAGUUCGAGGCCUCCUCCAGCACAAAGCCCAGCGCAGCCUCGGUGAAAAGUUUGAGUGACCCAGCUCCCUCCGCCCCUGCACCCGCUAGCCAAGCAACGAAAGCUCCAAAGGCUAGCUCUAGCAUCAUGGACCCAGAAACAAUCAAAGCGGACAUCCUAGCCUCACUACGCCAAGACUUCUCAGCGAUUAUCAAAGGUGAAAUGAGAGAAGCACUCCGUGACAACUUUGAAUCACUUAAAACGCAGAUUGAAGACGUAAAAACGGAGAUUAAGAACAACACCGCAGCUCUCCGGGCGGAGGUAGACCAGGUAAAAGCUAACGUGAGAUCAGUAGAAGACCACAUGUCCACCAUGUCUGACGAGAUGAUACAAGCUCAGGGUCAAGUGUCUGAUCUCCAAGCAGAAGUAAAGAGGCUUAAGGAGAAAUGUGAAGACAUGGAGGGGCGCAUGCGGAGGGGAAAUAUCAGAGUGUCGGGGGUGAGUGAGGCGCAGGGCUCCAGUACACCAGAGGCGGUCUCCUCUCUCUUGAAAGAAGUAUUUCGACUUGACAGAGAGGUGCGUGUGGAGCGCUCUCAUCGCAUCGGACCUGUGCGUAAUGCUGGGGACAGACCACGCGUCAUCAUUGCCAGGCUCAACAGCGAGGGGGACGCCGAGGACAUCCUGAGGAGAGCGCGCAGCGGAGGUGGUCAGCUCCGGUACAGAGGCAGCCCCAUCGCCGUCUUCCCCGACUACACAACCAACGUUGUCCAGGCGCGGGCAGCCUUCACUGAAGUCAGAAGGAUGCUCCGUGAUAAGCCGGGAGUCCGGUACGGAAUCCUCUUUCCUGCUAGGCUCCGGGUCACACACAACAACGUGGAGAAGGAAUUCGUAGAUGCAACUAAAGCCAUGGACUAUGUCAAGAAAAUCAUUCUUUUUCCCCGAGAGGACGGCGAACAGAGACUGAACUGA